CUCUCUGCGGAUGCGGUGUCGGGCCGGACCGGGCUGGACCGGGCAGAAAGGGCUUGGUCGGGGUGUCACCGGUCCCUCCGUGCGCCUGUGGACCUGCAGAUAAGCUCGGACAUGCUGUCCUGAGAACCCGCCCCCGCCAACAUGUCUGAUGUCCACAAGACUGUGCAGAAAUGGCACGCCAGUUUCAGGAAAGGCACAGACUUUGACUCGUGGGGACAAUUAGUGGAGGCUAUAGAUGAAUACCAAAUUCUUGCAAGACAAGUGCAAAAAGAGGUCCAAGCAAACAACUCCACAGACUUCACAGAGGAACAGAAGAAAACCUUAGGAAAGAUCGCAACAUGCCUGGAGUUGAGAAGUGCCAGUUUGCAGUGCGCUCAGUCAAAGGAGGAGUUCAAGUUAGAAGACCUGAAGAAACUGGAAACCAGUGAGUUAAUAAAGAACAUUCUCACCUUUAACAAAGAGUUUCCCUUCAACGUCCAGCCGGUGCCCUCGAGGAAAAUCUUUGCCCCGGGAGAGGAGGAGAACCUGGAGCUGGAGGGGGAGGAGGAUGCGGCAGCAGGAGCUGGCUCAGCAGAGGCGUUCCCACCGCGAGCUCCUGCUUCGCAAGGUACCUUGUUGCCACGGUUACCUUCAGAACCCGGGAUGACACUACUUACAUUAAGGAUCGAGAAAAUUGGCUUGAAGGAUGCCGGGCAGUGCAUCGAUCCGUACAUGACCAUCAGCGUCAAAGAUCUGAACGGCGUCGAUGUGAACCCCGUGCAGGACACGCCAGUGGCCACCAGGAAGGAGGACACAUACAUUCACUUCAGUGUGGACGUGGAGAUCCAGAGACAUGUGGAGAGAUUACCAAAAGGAGCAGCUAUCUUCUUUGAAUUCAAGCACUACAAGCCCAAAAAGCGGUUCACCAGCACAAAAUGUUUCGCGUUCAUGGAAAUGGACGAGAUCAAGUCGGGGCCAAUUGUAAUCGAACUGUACAAGAAACCAACAGACUUCAAGAGGAAGAAACUGCAGCUUCUCACAAAGAAACCACUUUAUCUCCACCUUCAUCAGACGUUAUACAAAGACAGCUAAGUCUCGAUUGAACCAGCUCUUUCUAAUCUCCCUGCACAUCCAGCAAAAAGCGGCGUCCGCCCCUCAUCACAUCCAGCAAUACCAAAUCAAUGUUGUGGGAUUUUCCACGCGUGUGAAGAAAGUUACAUGAACUGAGCCAGAGUUUAGUCUCAUUAAAAACCUACUUGUUAAAUAAAAGUUCAAA